AUGGCGAAUUUGCCUUCGCACGCCUCGCCCUACUUCGCCGCCCAGACGCCCUCCGAGCCCGUCGAUGAUAUCUCGCUAGAAUCUACAGCCGCCGCUGCCCCGGCGCCGAACAAUCGCAUAGACGAGCUUCGUGCGGAUGCCCAAUCUGCCAAUGCCGAGCAUGGCCCAGGCGACGUCACGCCCGGCGUGCCGGCAUCGCUCUUGUCACCGUCCUUUACCCCUCCGGCAACGCCGGGAGGCACGCUGAACACGGCGCAACUCCUGCAACAAGCCCAGUUACCACAGUCGACGUCGAUCUCCAAACCCCCUAAACUGCUGUCCUGUCUACCGAACGUCGAAUGUAUCGUUCGCGCUCGCAUCCCCACCACCAAUGGCGCCGAGAUGUUUCUUCACCUCUACCACAAUGAUUUGGACAACAAGGAGCAUUUGGCCAUUGUGUUCGGAAACACUAUCCGAAGUCGAAGUCUGGACCAAGUGCGCCCGGGGGAGACCGAGAUGGACCGCAUGAUUCGCGGGGCAUAUGUUGGGACCCUUCACCCCGGGCGGGUGAGCAGUUGGUACGAUAGUCCACAGGCUGCUCCCACCGACGGGCCCGUAUCGGAACAAUCCGAGGUCCCCCCAAGCAGCCCCAGCCAAGCACCGCUGGUGAGAAUCCACUCCGAGUGCUAUACCGGCGAGACGGCGUGGUCGGCCCGGUGCGACUGUGGUGAGCAGCUGGACGAGGCCGCGCGGCUGAUGUCCUUGCCGAUGGAGACGCUGGCCGUGGUCGCUUCCCAGCAGGCCCUCACCGUUCCUUCGAAUGCAUCCGGCGGUGUGAUUGUUUAUCUACGGCAGGAGGGUCGUGGCAUUGGGUUGGGAGAGAAGCUAAAGGCUUAUAACCUUCAAGAUCUGGGAUCUGACACCGUCGAGGCGAACUUGCUGCUUCGCCAUCCGGCCGAUGCCCGGAGCUACGGUCUGGCGACGGCGAUGCUGGCGGACCUCGGCCUCGGGGUUGACUCAAACCCCCAUGGAAUUCGGUUGUUGACGAACAACCCGGAUAAGGUGCGAGCCGUGGAAGGGCCGAACCGAGAAGUGGUUGUGAAGGAGCGAGUUCCGAUGAUCCCACUGGCAUGGCGAUCGGGCGGAAAGAUGGGCAUUAAAAGCUCGGAAGUCGAGGGGUAUUUAAGAACGAAGAUUUCCAAAAUGGGCCACAUGAUCCAGUGA